GGAGUAGAGAAAAGAGGAGUAGAGAAGCAGCCACCAGCAAGCGAAGCGUAGAAACAACGCGGGGGCUCUGAUAAUGUUCCGGGCAGAAGCAGCAGCAGCAGAAGCAUAGAGAAAGAGAAGAGGGUGCUGUAUAACGCCGACAUAGGCGACUGCAUCAACUGGGCGGCCCACGGUCCCUUCAGUAGUGUUUCACGUGUCGCACUGACGAGUCGCAUACACUCCAUCUCUGCUCGGCUCUUCUCUCUUCUCUCUCGUUUGUUUUGACUCUGUCACGCCAAGUCGAAGACGAAUUCCUUUUGAUUCUCCCAGCGCGUUCCCUCUCUCAUUCUCUCGACUCUCUCUCGUACACGUCACGAUGUUUCCCUUUUUGUGUCGGUCCAGCAGUCAGCGACGCCGUGAAUCUACAAGUUUCAACGCCGCCGCAUUGCCAGCAACCGCUCUCGUCUGCUUCCUCUUCAUCGGGUGUGGCUGGCAUGACGGCGUCGACGGGCUAAAGCUACUGCAAGUGCAAGUGCCAACCGAAGUGGAAAGGGGCCGUUCGGCCGUGCUGGGCUGCCGGUUCGAAAUGGAAGGCGACACCCUUUAUUCCGUCAAAUGGUACAAAGGUGGUAAAGAAUUCUUCCGUGUGGUGCCAAAAGAUAAUCCUCCGGCCCAGACAUUUAACGUCGAAGGAGUCCAAGUUAACUUGGCGGCCUCCGAUCAAAACCAAGUGGUCCUGGAUAAUCUGAACCUCAAGAGCGAGGGUCGCUACAAGUGUGAAGUCUCAGCGGAAUCGCCCAAUUUUCAAACCGUUUACGACAUCGCUGAAAUGAGCAUCGUAGUUCCACCGAGAGAUUCGCCGGUGAUUAAUUCGCCGCAAACGGUUUACCGCAUCGGCGAAGAAUUCACAGCCAACUGUUCGUCUUAUCCGUCGAGACCGCCGGCCACCAUCACCUGGACAAUUUCAGAUAAACCGGUAAUGAAAGAGGACCUAAUACAAUAUCCAUCCACACUGACUGAUGGCGGCCUGGAGGCUUCCGUCGUGGGUUUGCACCUCAGACUUCGGGAUGCGCAUUUCGAUCGCAAAGGCAAGAUGAAGCUCACGUGCACGGCUUCGGUCGGAAGGAUGCGCAUCGACGGGCGGACCGAUGUCAACAUCAGCGUCGCCGACCUACCCGUCAAUGGCGACUACCCCAGGCAGAGAUCGUUGACGCUAGACAGCCGGUCGGGCGCUGGAAUGUCACAACAAAUGACAUUUUGGAACUGGAGGUUAUUCUGUCCGGCGAUUCUGCUCGUCGCAACUCUUCUGUGUCAAACGUUUGGUUAAAUUUUGGGAAUUUCUUGGCUACUAUUAUAUAAUGAAAAACCGAGACCUUUUGACAACGUUGAUUUUCACUUGUAUGAGAGAGAGAGCAACACCUUUUCUCCUUCAAUUUAUAGAGUCAUUUUCUCUCUUUCCCGUUUGCGAUUCCCGUUUUUCUUUUUCUUGACGUAUGUUGUAUCCAGUCAUCGAUCGAGUCGCAUCCCUCCAAACGCCCGCGUACGUUCGUUUCGUGUGCAAAAUAAGCCACACCCCAGCAAUUUUGCGUUGCAAAUGUCAUUUGUAUAAUAUUUGACACUUGAUUCCGAUGCGAUGAUAUAUAGGCUUCAUCCAUAUAUAUAUAUUUUACGAGAUAUGUUUCCACUGUAAAACACACACCCGCUCGUCAACUUAUUCACUUCACUCUAUAACGAAAUGAUAUGGAGUGUUGUUUUGUUUUUUUACUUUAAAAAAAAAAUGCGUGUGACUUUUUCUUAUUUUUCUUUUCACGUUUGCAAAAAGAGUGAUUGUUUUUUAAGUUUUUCUUUUUUUGUUUUUUGAAGAGCUGCCCGGUUUUGGUGGUAUAUAAAAAGAAAAUAACCAGGGCCUAGAGUUUUUGAACAAGAAGCCAUAUUAUUUAAAAUAAUAAUAAGAAGAAAAAGAAAAUAAUGUGAACUGUUGCAUUGUCACUUUGUUGGAAUAAGCGCGCCUGCUGUGUUAUUGCUUUUAAAUCUCUUUGUUUGACUAUAUGACACGUAGCUUCUAGAUUAUUACAUCCAAUUAAUAACAUUGUAUAUGAAAAAAAAAACGAGCUAAAGGUACGAUUUUAUCACAGUCAUUUUGUUCAUCAAAGUUCUCUUUUUGAUUAUCUUCAAAUUAAUGUUUGUAUUUACCGCGGAUUGAAAACUCGGUUAUUAUUCAUUCUUUAUUAUACGAGUCUUGUUGAGGAAUUUGUUUUGCGUUGGAGUGCGACUAUACUACUAUAUAUAUUUUAACUUCAAGUCUUACAUCAUGGCGAUAACAGACGCAAGAACGACACCAGUCAUCACAGUCACACGUCAUAUUUCUCUUUCCUCCAAACUAUGGUUAUUAUAAUACUUGAAUUCAAGAGACUCCCCCCUUUUCGGUUUGAGCCUUUCAUUUCCUAUACGCGUGUACCAUCAUCUGAGAUAAGGCUUCCGUAACUUGAUGCUAUAACGGAUUUGUAUUGGAACUCGGCAAACAAAAAAGGAAAAAAAGAGAAAAUCGAACCGAACGAUGCUCUCGCUCCGAUCUUUCCAGCUUUAGCGGAUGUGCCACUAUCUCGUUGUGUCCUUUAUAAAUCGCUAUUGCCAUCAGACAGCGAGGAAAUGCGCCAGCAGAAUACUCUCGCGCGUCCAUAUUUAACUGCCUGCUGAUGCCAUAAUAAUACAAGCCGAAGAAAAGAUCCAGCAGAUUUGGUGCGAGAGAGCGCGCGGUAUAUCCGUUGGCUACAAGUUUGACGCGUUUCUUCAUUUGAACUGUAAUUGUCGCGCGCCCUUAUUGUGACGAGAUCUGAUUCCUUGAUAAAAACACGCGGACGACGGCGGCAGCAUUUCCAGAUGGGGGCCCACAUUCUGUUAUAUUGCGUUUUGGGUGUAUCCAACAUGUGCUGAGUUCAUAUUGUGUUUCCCCUUUCCCCCCACAUGCAUUGUCACUCAAACCAUAUGUAAAAUUUUAUAUAUAUGAAAAGAAAAGAAAAACGGAAUACACCGCUGUAACUUCCUUCAA